AUGGCCGCUCCCAACCCAUCCACCGACCCCGUCGCCGCCCCGGCCGCUCACCCAGCCACGGCCGCUGCGCUGGCCACUCCGGCCGCCGACGCCGCCGUUCCCAGCGCGCCAGCGGCGGUUCCCACCACCGGAGCCGCACCCGCCACCCACGCUGGCGCUGGUGCUGGUGCUGGCGCGGGCGGCGAGUCGUUCCUCACCCGCGCGCAGGAGAUGGCCAAGCCUUACAUUGACCAGGCCAAGCCGUACAUUGACAAGGCGCACCAGCAGGCCCGGCCGUACGCGGACGCGGCGCUCGCCAAGGGCCAGGCCUUGAAGGCGCAGUACAUCGAUAAGGGUAAGGACGUCCCUGCCAGUGGUGGCGCCGAGCACGCUGCUGGCGGCGCUGGGGCCGGCUUCAACGCGGCCGCUAUCAACAACCCGGGUGCCAGCCACCAUGUCGCGACGGGUACAGCUACGGGUACGGGUACGGGUGCUUCCCAGGGCACGGCUACGGAGCGCGCUCAGAACGCGUUCGGGUACGGUCUGGCGUCUAUGAAGUCGACGUUCAACACGCUCGGCGCGCAGCUCGACGCCAAGACGGCGACCCCAGAGAAGCCUGGCCUCUUCACCCAGAUGUCGAGCGCCGUGCAGCGUGGCGUGGCGCAGGUCGAGAAGGCUGUCGGUCCCCCUGCCGGUGGUGCCGCUGCUGCAACGACUGCAACGACUGCGACGACCGUUGGGGGUGCAGAGCACGUUUCUGCUGUUCCUGCUCAAGCUGCGGCCCCUGCCGCGGCUGUCACCGUUCCCGUCACCGCUCCGGUCACUGCCACUGCUCCUGUCACUGCUCCUGCUCCUGUGACUUCCAGGCCUGCGGUGAUGACGACAACGAACAGUGUGCCGCACAAUGACGAGGCCGGCGACGAGGCCCAGUAG